CCCUCAGGCCAGCCCCGCCCCGCGGAGCCGCUCCCGGCGCCGGCGCAGUCUGUUCCCACCCUCGUCCCGGAAGGGCUCCUGUUUCCCAGAGUGCCUCGCGCGCUCCUUUCCGGCCUGUGCCCGGGCAGGCGUUGCUCAGAUGGCUCCUGCAAAGAAAGGCGGCGAGAAGAAGAAGGGGCGCUCUGCCAUCAACGAGGUGGUAACGAGGGAAUACACCAUCAACAUUCACAAGCGGAUCCAUGGCGUGGGCUUCAAGAAACGGGCACCACGCGCUCUCAAGGAAAUCCGUAAGUUUGCGAUGAAAGAGAUGGGUACUCCCGACGUUCGCAUUGACACCAGACUGAACAAAGCAGUCUGGGCUAAAGGAAUAAGGAAUGUUCCUUACCGCAUCCGUGUACGUUUGUCCAGAAAGCGCAAUGAGGAUGAAGAUUCACCAAACAAACUGUACACACUGGUCACCUACGUACCAGUGACAACAUUCAAAGGUCUACAGACAGUCAAUGUGGAUGAAAAUUAAUCAGAUUUGUAUUACAAUAAAAGGAUAAAAAGAAAGUUUA